GUUUGACGUAAUCUCCGCCUGAUUCGCAGUGUAAUCGAAUAAUUAGCGAACCUGCCUUGACUUGACUUUAGGAAACAAAUGCAGGUAGGAGUGACAUAGGAGAAGGUACAAUAUCAGAGAUUCUUUAAAGUGAUAGACCAGUACUUGGAAAACAGGUCAAGAUAUUGCAAAAUCUGGGCGUUACGGUUAGAUGGUGACAACGUCUUCUGAACACGCCCGGUAACAUCAGUGGAUACACGAUUCAAUAUAGAGACAUGGCUUAGGUUUCCCGGCCACAAUAUGAAUCAAACAUGUGCCUGAAUAUAUAUAUAUACAGUACACGGAGAACAGCGCAAUGACAUAACAAGCAGGAUACCAGAUGGACCAUGGGAUACCUGGAAUAACAAGAUGAUGCUGGUAGUCGAGACUGACUUUAUACUUGGUAGAUAACACAACAAAACAUCACAGGUGACGAGGGAGCCCAGGCAAAGCAGACCAAGAUGUCCUUUGCGGUGCGGGCGAGCGAGGCGGAGGAUGGGGUGGAGGACAUGAUCAAACUGAGUGACCUGAAUGAGGACACCAUCUUGAAGAACCUCAAAGUCAGAUAUGGCAAAGACAAAAUCUAUACCUAUGUGGGGAGUAUCCUGGUCGCGGUCAACCCUUACCGGAUGUUCAGCAUCUAUGGCUUGGACAUGGUCAAGAAGUACGAAGGACAAGCUCUCGGAGCCCUCCCACCGCACCUGUUUGCUGUGGGCAGCACGUCCUACUGUAAGAUGAUCAAGGACAGUGAAAACCAGGUCAUUGUCAUCAGUGGUGAGAGUGGCGCUGGUAAGACAGAGAGUACCAAGCUGAUUAUGCAAUAUCUGGCGGCGGUGAAUAAAUCCCGUAACAACCUCAUCACAGAACAGAUCCUGGAGGCAAACCCACUCCUUGAAUCCUUUGGUAACGCCAAAACAAUACGCAACGAUAACUCAAGUCGAUUUGGGAAGUACAUAGAAGUCUUCUUCAAAGAUGGAUCAAUUGUUGGGGCAAGAACACUUGAAUAUUUGCUGGAAAAGUCCAGAAUUGUCACCCAGGCAUCGGAAGAGCGGAACUACCAUGUUUUCUACGAGAUGCUGGAAUCGAUGUCAGAUGAACAGAAGUCCAAAUUUGGCCUUCAGACGGCCCCCAAGUACUUCUACCUCAACCAGGGUGGGAGUUCCGUGCUGCCAGGUCGGGACGAUGCCGAGAACUUUCGCAAGUUGCAGUCGGCCAUGGACAUCCUGAGUUUCCAGAAGCCAGAGAAGGAAACCAUCUACAAGAUUCUGGCCUCUGUCCUCCAUAUUGGAAACAUCUACUUCCACACACUGCUGAUUGAUAACCAUGACACAGUUCAGCUUGGCAGUGACGCGGAACUCAAGUGGGUGUCCUACCUUCUGGGACUGUCUGAAGACUGGUUAAAACAGGCACUCACCAGCAAAAUCACGCAAGCACGAGGGGAAAGAGUUGUGUCCCCUUACAACAUGGACCAAGCACUUGAUGCAAGGGAUGCCAUAUCCAAGGCUCUGUACAGUCGCCUCUUCUCGUGGCUUGUAGAGCGUAUCAACCAGAUCAUAUGUAAGGCAGAGAGAGAAAAGUCAACGUCACUAGCUGUUCUUGACAUCUUCGGAUUUGAGGACUUCCUCCUGAACAGCUUUGAGCAGCUGUGUAUCAACUUCGCCAACGAGACGCUGCAGUACUUCUUCAACCAGCACAUCUUCCGCCUUGAGCAGAAGGAGUACCAGAAGGAGAAGAUCAAGUGGCAGAACAUCGACUUCCGUGACAACCAGCCCACCAUCGACCUCAUCUCGAGCAAACCUGCUGGCAUCCUUCACAUCCUGGAUGAUGAGUGCAACUUCCCCCAGUCCACCGACAUGUCUUUCCUGGAGAAGUGUCACUUUCACCAUGCCCAGAACAGUCUGUAUGAGAAGCCGCGCAUGUCCGACCCUGAGUUCCACAUCACUCACUAUGCCGGCAAGAUUAAGUACAAUGUCCAACACUUCCUGGAGAAGAACAAGGACACACUACGCAGUGAUGUGGUGGAGCUCAUGUGCGAGAGCAAGAACAAGUUGAUUGCUCAGAUGUUCAAGGAGUUACGAGAUCGCCUCCUCACGAAGACCCUCAGUAAGACCACCGGGCGAUAUGUUACACUCAAACCCCGCACAUCAACAGUUGGAGCACGUUUCAACGAGAGCCUCAUCUCUCUAAUUGACACCAUGUCAAGAUGUAACCCCUACUUUGUCCGCUGUAUCAAGCCGAACGCAACAAAAGCAGCAAUGGAGUUUGAGGAUCGUGUCGUCAUGGAACAGCUUCGUUACAGCGGAAUGUUGGAAACCAUCCGCAUCCGCAAACUUGGAUAUCCAAUCAGGAUCAAGUUCAUAAAUUGCAUUGAAAGGUACCGCUGUCUGAUCAAAGAGAAGUACUUUCCCAACCGGCACCUACCGGCUGACGUGUGCACCAAGAUUCUGCAAUCCCAGGGUGCAGCGUUCUCCCAGCAGUUCCAAGUUGGAACAUCCAAGGUGUUCAUGAAGGAGACAUUUGAGCAGCAUCUUGAUGCUGAGGCUGCUAAGAUCCAGACAGCCGCCGUUAUUCACAUCCAGACCUUUGUCCGCGCUUGUCUCGCCAGGAAGAAGUUCCUGCGGAUGAAGGCAUCAUCGAUGAAGAUCCAGAAGAUGGUGCGGAUGGCAGUCAGAAGAAAAAAGUUCAAAGCUCUGCGCAAUGGAAUCAUCAAAGCCCAGGCCCAGUUUCGGAUGUACAGGCAGCGGACUCGCUAUUUGCAGGCAAGAGAACAGAUACGUCAGAAGCUAGAGGUGGAACGCCAGGCUCGCAAACAGCAGGAGGCUAAGGAAAAGAUGGAACGCGAAAAACGGGAAAGGGAGGCCCGGGCUGUAGCCAGCGUCUCAAACCUGGACAUCCCAGGGGAGCUGGCCUUUGUCUAUAACAAGCUAGAUGACUGGCGCCUGUUGCACACCGGCACCAACAUCAACGUGGUGGUCGACGUCAAGCCCAUGGACAUGGCCUACAAACUACCAGUUGACAUCAGCUCCCAUACCUUCAGCAAAUACAUGGGCGCGUACUUCAAGAAAUCUGACUGGGGAGUUCAAAUUGAGCCAAUCAAAGCACCUUUCACAAACCUGCAAGGUGGUGACCUUUCGCACAGGGCUUUGUCAGUAUUCAAACUGAUUCUUCGCUUCAUGAUGGAGCAGAACAUGACGGAGAAGAGGCAGAAAGUCCUGUCAGACUAUAUCGUACAGCUGGGUCUGCAGAAUGAAGGUCUGCGGGAUGAGAUCCUGUGUCAGCUGACCAAUCAGACGUGGAAGAAUCAGAACAUGUCCCAGGCCGAGAAAGCUUGGCUGCUAUUGGCCAGUUGUCUGAGCUGCUUCUCGCCAAGCUCCACCCUCUUCAAAUACCUGCUCAAAUAUGUGUCUGAUGUGGGCAUCAAUGGCUACCGAGCGGUGUGUCAACACAAGGUGCUUCAGAGUGCCAACAUCCCCCCCCAGCUGUGCCGCACCUACCCUCCCUGCUUCCUGGAGUGGGUGGCAGCUCAGAGGAAGGCCAACAUGGCGCUGCUUGUCAAAUUCCCAGAUGACCGCGAACAUUUGGGCCAUGUUGAAUCCUGGACCUCUGGAGAACUCUUCACAUCACACUUACUGAAGCAGAGAGGUUUGACGGAAAAUGCCCACGGCUGGACGCUAGUGUUGCAAGAGGAUCUGGAUUACUACGAACUGAUGGGAUAUGACUAUGUCCUUGACCUUGUCAGUGAGAUGGAGACUGCACCGGGAUUCCCGGUGUGUAGGUCCUACUUCCUGGUAUCGACGGACAGGAGCCAGGAGAGAGUCAGUCAGCGGAGACAUGAUCAUGCAGAUAGUGCCCACAACCCUGACCGAGACCGCCUGAUGGUGGUGAUUGGAUCCCUGCCUGCGAUGAUCAAACGGGACUUUCCCCAACCAUCCUCCGGCCACGUGUCAGAUCUCAGCAAACAUCGCACCACAUCAACAUCAAAAACAAUUGUUCAAAAUGGCACCACAGAAAAUCUGAAUUUCUCUAUGACGAGUGUUCUCAACCAGCGCCCAACAGAAAUUUUUGAAAAUGGUUUGUCAGAGAGCAAGCUUAACGUUCGCUACAACAAACGCCGGGCUCCUGCACCACCAAUAGCCAAUGGACAUGUUUCAAACGGAAUGGGAAAUGGUGAAAUCACAACCAUUCUUGAAGUCGACAGUGACAUAGACCUAGCAGAAAACAAACUCAACAACCGAUAUCUCUCUCAGAAUGGUGAUGCCAAAACAUACACAGAUACCAAUGGUGAUCUUUCUCAAAGCAAACUCAACACUCGGUAUGUCAAGUCAAACAAAGGUAAUGCCAGGACCAAAUCAGCUGUUGAAGAUCAAAUAAGUCGCAAGGACAAGGUGUUUGACCGAAGGUCAGUAGCUUCAGACCUGUCUGAUGGUCAGUCGGCCUGGUCCAACUGGGUCGAUGAUGUGUUCAAUGAUGCUCUGUUCAAUGAGGUCAAUGAUGAUGUCAGCGAUGGCCGCUCCCUGGAGCAGAGGAUCAAGGGAGGAGGGAAAGGGAUCCCUGGCAUUACGACACAGCAGCAGCAGCCAUUAACACCCGCUGGGCAGUUUGGCCUGGGUCUUCCCCCAACCACACCCAUCACCCCCAACCUUGGCUUGGGAGUGGGACUUGGUGGCACAGACCCAGUUCAGCAACUCAUGGCCCAGCAGAUGCUUGCUCAGCAGCAAGCACAGCAGCAGGCUCUGGCACAACAGCAGCAACAGCAGGCUGUCUUACAGGCCUAUAUGCAAGCACAACGGCAGCAGGAACAGCAGCAGCAACAACAACAACAACAAGCUAUCCUCCAGGCUGCUCUACAGCAACAACAGCAACAGCCUGUUCUGUCCCAGCAACAACAAACCUCUGCUCUGCGUGCGGCACUUGCACAACAAGAACUACAGAACAAGCUGUUAAAGCAGAGCAUCGAGCAGGAGCUGUUGAAGCAGCAGCUGCAACAGGUCAAGGUGACCCCUACACCAAUUGUCAGCCCUGCUCCCAGUUUUGGGUCAGGACUUCCCUCCGCCUCACCAUCAGGCAUACAUCCAGAGACGGGCCAACCCAUUGCCACUGGCAGCCAGUUCCCAGGUCAGAGAAACCGAGGAUAUGGGGUUUCCAGUGAACCUCCUUCUGUGUCCAGUAAAAAGGUUGCCUUCCAGAAGAGCAAGUUUGAAGGCCAGACCCAACAACCAGUCAGGUAUUCUAUCACGACACAGCAAGGUGGUGGCAGCAACAAGCAGCUUGGCAUUGUUGGCAUAGAGACUCAGACACAAGAACCUGAUCAGCAGGCAACGUCUCCACCAUCACCACCUUCACCACCUUCUCACCCAUCUCCUCCUCCUCCACCACCAGAACAGUUUGCUGACAUUCCAUCUCCUCGCCCCACCUUCCACCAGCAGACAGACAGCCCGGCACCUCCCCCUCCACCACCACCCCCGCCUCCACCACCAAAAAUUGUGUCAUCAAAUGACAAAACAAAGACUAUUCGUAUCCGCGUUGGCAACAUCGUGUGGCCACCUGUCAGAGAGACGGAGGAGAAGUAUCAGCGAGAAGUAGGCAAGCUGCUCAUAGACGAGAAGGUCAGCUCUAACCUGCAAAACAGGUAUGGAGGUAAGAAGACAGCUGUCAAGGUCGAAACAAAAGUUGAUGAAACAAGGCCAAAAUCCAUCCUGAAGAAACCUGAUGAUGAAGCUAAACCACCACUGAAGAAAACCAAGUCCUUGGUUGAAUCUCAUGGCAACACCAUGAAGCUCUUGGAGAGCAAGCUUGGAGGGGGCGGAGCCGCUAAACGGGAAGAGCCCAAACCCAAGGUGAUGGCAGUGGCAGAGGCGACCCAGACAACAGACACCCUCAAGUCAACAAAGACAUCAACAGCCGCACCACCACCACCACCACCACCACCUCCACCUCCAGCACCUCAAGGUGAUGCUCCCCCACUCCCCUCCCGCCCUCCACCCAAGAAGAAGGUGACAGCUAACAUCACCACCACCAUCACAGAGACCACGACGCAAACAGUGGAGGUAGCCGCCAAGACGUCACCAAUAUACAACACUACGAUAGAGGAGCCCAAGCAGCAGAUUGACUACGCCGCCCUAGAGAGAGCCAUCACAGAGCUGUACCCUCAGAACAAGACAUUCUUCCUGGCCUACAACCGCGUGCCCUGGACGCUGCAAGUCAGGAAGGAGGUAUUCUGGCCGUCAGAGAGACUGGAGAAGCCACUGGCGCUGCACCUGCUGUUCUGCCAGAUUGUGAAGGAUGUCUACAACAACGGCUGUAUACGCAUCACCAAGGAUGACAGGGUCAAGAUGAAGAGCCAUCUCGAGGCCCAAGGUAUAACCAAGGAUAACUACAUCACCAAGGAAGUCUCCAACCAAGUCAAGAAGAUCGUGAUCGACACCGCCAAGGAGUGGCCAUGUUAUUUCUGCAGACUCUUCCCAGUUGCUUCCAGCGGUCACUACACCGGUGUGAAGUACCUGGGUGUGAGUCACAACGGCAUUAGGCUUGUCAACAGAGAGAGGGGGUUCAUGGACGACCAUCUGUCCGUCAUCGAGGAAAUCAGGUUUGGUGAUGUGGUGGACACCGUGACGCCCAGCAGCAUGACCAUGCAGCUCAACCUGAAGACCAAGUCCAUCAUGUUCUUCACUCAGCGGGCCCAGCAGAUGAAGGAUAUGGUGGACAAGUUCUGCCAGGAGAGUGAGAAGAUGGACAACAAGUACGCUAUUGCCAUCCGGGACUACGUGACGAGGGAGUCCACGCUGUUGAGUUUCCGCCGUGGGGACAUCAUCAAGCUCCUGGACCCUGAGAUGAACUUGGAUGAAGGGUGGUUGUAUGGGUCCCUGAAUGGCCUUGUUGGCAUGUUACCAGCUGAAUAUGUCAAACCCCUUGCUAGGCAUGAGGUGGAAACCAACAACAUGAAGGUUCAGUUGACACGGCAAACAAGUCGAGACGGGCAUUACGCUGAUGACCGCAGUGACACCAGCCAGGGCACCGUCGUGGCUGAUGGAAAGUACUCCAUGAUGGAGUUUGCUCUCCUGCACUUCCGGGAGUCGAUUGAAAAGUAUGAGAUGAUGCGGACAGAUGAUGGAUCGAUACGAGGAACCAUUAAGAUGAUCGAGAGUCUGAAGCUGCGUAAUCUGCAGCAGCAGCAGCUACAACAACGGCCUCAUCGAGGUGAUGGGUCAUCUGAUUGGACAUGGAAGGAACAGGCGGAACUGAUCAAGUGGACUCGGUCACCAAUCCAGGCCUCCCUGCUUAAACUACAACCUUCAGAGCUGAACAAGCUGGGUCUCGAGUGCUUCAUGGCCAUAAUGAUGUUCAUGGAGGACUACCCAAAACAGACAAACAUAACCGACUACGAUUGUGUGAUGAGAAUUCUCAAGAGCUGUCACAAGUACCCCGAGCUGAGGGACGAAGUUUUCUGUCAGCUGUGUAAACAGACCACCAGCAACAGGAGCAUGAAACCUCGCAGUGCCACCCGUGGAUGGAGGCUGUUUGCGCUGAUCGCUGCAUUCAGUGACUGCUCGGAGAUGUUGCGACCGUACCUGUUCAAGUAUCUGGAGACGACGGCCUCAGACACCUCCCGCCACUACAGCAAUGCUGCUGCCCUGUGUCUGCAGAACAUUCGGAAGACGUUCAAGUUUGGCGGACGGAAGAACACACCCCUGAAAGAGGAGGUGCAAGCUCUGGCGGAUGGAAGGAACUCGAAACGCUUCCCGUUCAUCUACAGUGGCUCGGACACCCAGGGGGGAAUGCUACAGGUCAAAUCCUGCACGAUCGUGCUAGAUGCCAUUGAUAUCAUCUGUCGAGAUCUCAACAUCUUUGACCCCAUUGAGAUGGAAGAGUACACCCUCUUCAUGAGGACAAGGGACGGCAAGUUCAACAAGCUGAGCCGGGAGGAGUACAUCCUGGAUGUGACCGCCCAGUUUGCCCGGGAGAAGAAUGAAUUCGACCUGAUCUUCCAGCGCACUGUGUGGUUCUUCCCACUGACCCACCUGGACAACGAGAUCUACAUAGACAUGAUGUUCAACCAGUGCAUCCUGGACUAUCUGGAUGGGCUGCUCAUCAACAGGAGCACUCUCGGCAAGGAGGAGCUGGACCAGAUUGCCAGGAUGGGGUCCCUCCUGUACAAGGCACAGAACCAGGUCAAAAUACCAACCAUGAAGGACAUUGACAUUAUGGUCCCCAGGACAGUGAAGUCCCACCCUGAGAUGAGACCCCAGCAAUGGCUGAACCGAGUGACCGACUACAUGCGGGGCAUCGCCCAGAUGUCACCAGCAGACUGCAGGGUUGCAUUCUUAGAAAUGCUCUCAAGAUGGCCACUCUUUGGUUCUACUUUCUUCCUCAUAAAGAGCGUACCUAACGUGACAGGAGAGUGCAUGUUGGCUGUGAACAAGGUCGGCAUCCAGUUCCUCAAGAGAGACUCACAGGAUGUUAUACUGAAGCAUCCGUUCAGCGAGAUCUUGUCAACGCGGCGUUACCGCAGCGACUACAACGUCAACUACCUGGACAUGAAACUUGGCAAUCUCAUGGUGCAGAAGAUCCUCCGCAUUGAAACAGAUCAGGGUUCUGACAUCUCAAACCUGAUUGGUCAGUACAUGCAAGUCAUCAACCGAUAUCGCAAACGGCCAGACCGUCCGAGUAAUGGUGUCUAUAACUGAGCAAGCAGCCAAUCAUAUCACUUGUAUAUAGUCAUGUGACAGGGCCUUUGAGCAUCAUGGGAUCCUCAACACCAUCACAAAUAGUGCAAGAUUCUUCCAUUGUCCAAUAUAACUACUCCAUGAGAUACAGGCUUAUAUUACCAGUUGUGUAGAACUGUAGUGGUAUCAUAUAAGUCAAGACACAACGGCACAGCCAUGGAGGUUGUUCCUCUGGACCAGCAUCUACAGAAGCCAAGAUUCCCGCAUCUCCAUCACCUAGAGAAGCUAACAGAAGUGUGCUUUAGAAGGUCAUGUUAUGACAGUGCAUAUCGGUGGUGGGAUACGUAUAGUGAGUACUACCAUAGUGACACUGCAGCACAACACAAAACAGGGAUGAGCACUGUAUGGGGAAAAUACAUACCUUUGCCUUAUAACAAGGGCUUUAAAACACUAUGGACACAGCCUUAUAGUGAUGAAUCAAGUAGUGCCAUGGAUGUAGCAUUGUAGAUCAUCAGUGUGGAUGCCUGUCACUGGUGUAAUUGUGUCGACAAGUACGGAGACUCACACCACUCAUGUAAUUGUGUCUAUAAGUACGGAGACUUUCAGAAAAUGUAGACUCACGUCACUCGUGUAAUUGUGUCUACAAGUACGGACACGGACACCUGGUGGUCAGGAGCUCCAUUUUGGAAAAUGUAGACUCACCUCACUCAUGUAAUUGUGUCGACAAGUACGGAGACCGACACCUGGUGGUCAGGGACUCCAUUUUGGAAAAUGUAGACUCACACCACUCAUGUAAUUGUGUCUAUAAGUACUGAGACUUUCAGAAAAUGUAGACUCACAUCACUCAUGUAAUUGUGUCUACUAGUACGGACACGGACACCUGGUGGUCAGGGACUCCAUUUCGGAAAAUGUAGACUCACGUCACUUGUGUAAUUGUGUCUACAAGUACGGAGACUGACACCUGUUGGUCAGGGACUCCAUUUCGGAAAAUCUAGAAUCACGUCACUCAUGUAAUUGUGUCUACAAGUACAGACACGGACACCUUGUGGUCAGGAGCUCCAUUUCGGAAAAUCUAGACUUACGUCAUUCGUGUAAUUGUGUCUACAAGUACGGAGACUGACACCUGGUGGUCAGGAUCUCUAAUUUGGGCAGUUUGUCAAGAAGCAGAAGUACCUGAAACCUGUGAUUUGUUGAUUGUUUCAACAACAGAUGAUAUUAGCCAAUAUGAAUAUGUUGGAUAAGUUAAAGCUCUCAAGUCGUUGUGAUACCUCUGUCAGCAGGAAGAAGAAACUGCUCAACAGAUGUGUGGUUCCCUUGGAGAAUGCAAGCUUGUAAUGAAUAUAUAAAUAUAUCUAGCUUUAACCAUGUACAUAUUCAGUUACAAACUGACCAAAACAAAAACUGUAGAAUAAUUUCUUCAAAACUAAGACACUUGUCUGAAAAUUAAUCAAAAGUCAACUGUAUAUAGUUUUCCUUUUUCAGAUAUCACAAAAGUAAGACUGUAUUAUAGGUUGUUAGACCAGUAGUAUCUGAAGGAGACGGCCAUUUUGUGAAAGGUUUAUGCUUUCUGACAGUAUCUAAUUCUAUGCAAGUAGUUAGUAUUUGCUUCAGCUUUCGUGUGUUUCUGUUCGAGGCCACAUUCCAGAUAGAAUUCUGAUAUCUAAGACUGUCGUUACUCCUAUACUUACUAUAGCUGUAACCCUUAAAUGUUUUGUCAUCUGGUCUGUUUUAUCACAGAUCCUACACUCAUCUAUAUGUCAGUAUUUCAUUUUAGCAUAAUAUCAGUUAUCAUUGUAUAUAAAGAAUUGGCUCCACAUCCUGUAAGAAUGCCACCUGGCACCAUCAUAAAUAAAUGCUUGUUGAGAAACCGUGUCUCACUUUGUCAAAUUCUAUUUCUUUGAAGAAUUUAACACAGCAGAAUAUAUCAAACUCUUAUUGCGGGUUCUCUCGUUGUUCAAAGUCUCUCAGGAAAGGACAUUUGUCGUCUUACAGGAUGUGUGCAGAGUCAUUAUUUUAGAAUUCCCAUUCUCAUUUAUUGUCAUGAUGUGAUCAUGAAAUGUUGAUGUGACAUGUUCUAACAAGGGAAAUUGUACAUUUUAUCAUCAAAAUAUACUUCCUAACAGUAUAGGAUUAUGUUAUCUGAAUUUGGAAGGCAUGGCGAAUCAAUUUUAUAUAAGCACAAAUAUCAACUGUGUAGCAGAGCAUAUAGACCAAAUGUAUUAUGUAUUGUAUAUAGUCAGAGAAUCCUUCCCCCAAGGAGAGAGUACUAUUUAUAUUACCAAGAAGCUUUCCAAGGAGAGGCUAUUCAUACUGCUGUCUGUCAAAUUACAGAAUUUUAACUUUCAGUUUCAAAAUCUAUAUUUGCUCGUCUUAGGAUUUUAAAAAAAUAGGAGUAAUUGUUUUCGAGCACACAGUGCACUUACGCGACUCCCGUAAUUCCAUGUUUUUAAUGUCCACAUAGUUUAGGCAUCUAUAGUUCUUGAGUCAUUGUAUUACAUGGGUAGCAUGUUGCCAGAAGGGAAAAUGGCAUUAGGAUAAAGAUCUUGUAAAAUAACACUUGCAGUUUUUACAAGUCCUAUGUUUCUCUGAUAAACAUCUAUGUCAAAAACAUGGAUUGUCCGGUUCCUCUGAACCAUCGUGAAGAUGAAGAUGACCAUCAGUUUCAGCAACAGCUACUCCAGAAAUUCAUCCCCGUCUUCCAUGAACUCCCUUCUAAAUGAUGAUCUGCUGUUAUAUAUGUUAUGCAUUGUCUGUUAUGGUGUUACUGGCUCUAAUUAUUGUUGGGUUUUGUUUAUUUACAUAUAUUGCAGACAGACAGUUUUCUGUCAAAAUCAAGAUUCAUAUUUGCAAUGAUAUAUUUCUACCUUACAUAGCCGAUUCAAAACUUACAUGUUUGCUAUCUUAUAGACAAAAUACUUAAUCUUCUGUAUCAGCUCUCAGUCGAUAUGUUCUGCUUGCGAUCAUUUUAUAACCUGUCUGUUUACAACUGAUAUGGAUAUGGCUUGUAUUCUUUUAUAUCCCAUCUGCUUACAGCUGAUAGUUGCUUGUAUUUACCCCGCUAUUUGUACAGCCCUUGUAUAUAACUUAUACUCACCAGAGUGAUGUCACCAGGCCUUAUUGUUAUACAAAGUAGCCCUCAUACACUAUCAAUACUUACAUUUUAGCCUAUGUUUUAAGAUGAGAAUAUCAUGUUACUGUUGGCAUAUUCUUAUCGUUGUUUCCUUCUUCAUUGAAUGAUGAGAAAAACAUUUAUUUCAAAAGGAAUAAUUCCUCCUUGCCUUUAUUUUCGUACGUAAAAUAUAUGUAUAUCAUAUUUUUGCUUCAACCAGUGAUCACUGUUCUAUGCAAUUGUCCUCAUAUACGAUAGUACUUUCCUACUACAGUUUAUCAUUACACAGUUAGUCAAGAGAGUGCGAGGAUAUUAUGCCUAUGAUUAGUUCAGGGGGCUAUGGUAGAAAUGCCUUAGACAAUUCUAUUCCAUUUUUAUUUAUACUAUUUACACUGUUCGUGAAGAAAACAAUAUGUCAACAAAACUAUGGCAUAAAAGUGGUGCAGAUAAUAGUUUUGCUCCAAUGAUAAAAUUUACCAUGUUUAUGGGAUCACAAAAGUAGCCUUGUCUGUAACGAUGAACAUCUUCUAUACAGAUACACAAACACGUGACUCAUCAUAACAAGAGUAGUUGUGAGGUGGCUAGCAUACAUUUGUCUCCAUAUACACUGACCCAACAUUUAUGUGCAAUCUUACCCUUGUAACUCUGUGUUGAAAUAUACAUAUUAUAGCCUAUGUUAAAACAAAUAUAGGACAUCAUUAUAUAUUUUUGUAAGGUAUGAAUAAAAUUUUGUAUUACA